UAUGGAGAUGGGUGAGAGGUGGGAUACGAACACGAGACGGCGUCGGAGUUAUGGCGAGGAGGGGAGGCAGCCAUCGUGGAAAAGAGUAAAGAAAUGUUUGGUGGAAGGGCAAAAGGCAAGCACAAAGAGAGGAGUGAGAAAGUCACUUCUCCCCCACCACCGGGAAGAAGAAGAAGACGACAGCGAACGAUAUAUGAACGCAGUCGCCUCUUUUAUGGUUGCCAAUGAGCAGUACAAACAGGAGAGAGAGAGAGAGAGAGCCGACGCAUGCGCCUCUUUUCUGGCUAUCAGCGCCUGCUGCACUUCACGUCGUGUAUAGCUCCGACUCAUCACCUAAUUUCUUCCCAUUUUGCCCACCCCAACAGAUAGAUUCAGCAGUUGUCAGUAGCAGACGACAGAGUGGGGAGAGAGAGAGAGAGAGAGAGAGAGAGAUUCGGGCGCUUUUUGAAGAGCAAUGGUAGAAGGGGAAGGAGCAGAGUGGUGGUGAGAGCGGAAGAAGGAGAAAGAGGAACAGGAACUAGCUUGAUUCAAGAGAAAGAGAUAGAGGGUGGAAGGUAGGGAGCAAGAGGAGGAGGAAGAUGGCGGCUCACGGUUGCGCGAGGCAGGGAAUGAUGGUGUGGAUUCUGGCGCUGGCCACCUUCUUAUCGUGCGCCGUGGCCGUGGCCGGGACCGGGCGGUUGGAAGCGAAGCAAAGGCUGGAGGUGCAGCGGCACCUCAGGAGGCUCAACAAGCAAGCCGUCAAAUCCAUCGAGAGCCCAGAUGGAGAUAUCAUAGACUGUGUGCACCUCUCUCUCCAGCCAGCCUUCGAUCACCCUUUCCUCAAGAACCACACCAUCCAGAUGAGACCAGCUUUCCACCCGGAAGGCGGCCUACUGUUCGAUGAGAGAGAGGUGGCGUCAAAGAAGAGAACUCCCUCCAUAGCUCAGCUGUGGCAUCAGAAAGGGAGGUGCCCCGAGAACACCAUCCCCAUUAGGAGGACAAAGAGGGAUGAUGUGCUGAGGGCCAGCUCAGUCAAAAGAUACGGGAGGAAGAAGCACAGGAGCAUCCCAAAUCCAAUGUCUGUCGACCCUGACCUUCUCAAUGAGAAUGGCCAUCAGCAUGCGAUUGCUUAUGUUGAGGGGGAUACCUACUACGGAGCCAAGGCUUCCAUGAACGUGUGGGAGCCAAAGAUUCAGCAGCCCAACGAGUUCAGUCUGUCUCAGCUCUGGAUUCUGGGGGGCUCCUUUGGGGCGGACCUCAAUAGCAUUGAAGCCGGUUGGCAAGUGAGCCCAGAUCUGUAUGGAGACAAUAACACAAGACUCUUUACUUACUGGACUAGUGAUUCUUAUGAAGCAACAGGAUGCUACAACUUACUCUGCUCUGGAUUCAUCCAAGUCAACAGUGAGAUUGCAAUGGGUGCCACAAUCUAUCCCAUCUCCAAAUAUGGUGGCUCCCAAUAUGACAUCAGUAUACUUGUAUGGAAGGAUCCCAAGGAAGGGCAUUGGUGGAUGCAGUUUGGGGAUGGCUACGUGCUAGGUUACUGGCCUUCCUUCCUCUUCUCCUACCUAGAAGACAGUGCCACCAUGAUAGAGUGGGGAGGAGAAGUCGUGAACUCGGAACCGGAUGGUGAGCACACCUCCACCGCAAUGGGCAGUGGCCACUUCCCUGGAGAAGGAUUUGGCAAGGCCAGCUACUUCAGGAACGUCCAGAUAGUUGAUGGAUCCAACAACCUGAGGCCACCCUCGGAGUUUGGCACCUUCACCGAGCAAUCCAGCUGCUAUGAUGUGCAGACUGGCGAUGGUGGUCGAUGGGGGCACUACUUCUACUAUGGAGGUCCUGGUAGAAACUCUAAUUGUCCAUAGAUUAUUCGAAUUGAAGUCCCCCAUUCUGCGGCUUACCAUCAGUAACCCCUUUCUUCUUUGAUAUCGAUAUCAGUAUUGGUUUUAGCUCCCUCUGUUGCUUUGUCCCUCUCCCCAUGGAAGUGUCUGGAGAGAAGAUUAUUGAGAGAAGCAAGCUUGUGGUGGUCUUCUUCUAUCCAUUUGUUAUCUUCUUUGUAAUUAUCUCCUCCGAGUCCUUUGUUUCAGUACUGUGUUGAUAGUGAAUGAGACCUUCCUGUGUUUGCUUGGUUAAA